GAUUGGUCGCGCAGGCGCAGGGAAGGAUCCGUUUUGGCGGGCGGUUGGCGUUGCGCAGAAGGCGGCGGCGGCACUGUCUUGUGGUCCUGCUUCACCACAGAGGAACAGGGAAGACGUUUGCGUGAGUGAUCGGUGUCGAUUCCGGCCUACUUGGGAUGACUGUCAGCAGCUCUUGCAGGUUCUCUUCACCACCGAAGAGAGAACGAAUACAGGUGGAAGCUCGGAAGUCUGUCCUGGGAGAGGACAAACAGCCGACUCAAAACCCAGACCUCAUAAACGCUGCCUUCCCCUUAUCCCGCCCUACCUGGGACUACAAUUCAGCUGAAGGAACCCGGUGGCCUUAGUCCUUCAGGUGGAACAGCUUGCGACAUGGGCAAGAAAACCAAGCGGACAGCUGACAGUUCUUCUUCAGAGGAUGAGGAGGAGUAUGUCGUGGAGAAGGUGCUAGACAGGCGUGUAGUUAAGGGGCAAGUGGAAUAUCUACUGAAGUGGAAAGGCUUUUCUGAGGAGCACAAUACUUGGGAACCUGAGAAAAAUUUGGAUUGCCCUGAGCUAAUUUCUGAGUUUAUGAAAAAGUAUAAGAAGAUGAAGGAGGGUGAAAAUAACAAACCCAGGGAGAAGUCAGAAAGUAACAAGAGGAAAUCCAAUUUCUCGAACAAUGCUGAUGAUAUCAAAUCCAAAAAAAAGAGAGAGCAGAGCAAUGAUAUCGCUCGGGGCUUUGAGAGAGGACUGGAACCAGAAAAGAUCAUUGGGGCGACAGAUUCCUGUGGCGAUUUAAUGUUCCUAAUGAAAUGGAAAGACACAGAUGAAGCAGACCUGGUUCUUGCAAAAGAAGCUAAUGUAAAAUGUCCACAGAUUGUGAUAGCAUUUUAUGAAGAGAGACUGACGUGGCAUGCCUAUCCUGAGGACGCGGAAAACAAAGAGAAAGAAACAGCAAAGAGCUAAAGGAGGGGGUGGUCUCUGUCAUUUCUCUUUGUAUAUAAUACAUUCACCUCCCUGCCUCCUCUCCCUUCUGCCCACCCUGUUCUAUCCUAAACACAUCCAUAAAAAAUGUGCUUAUCACUGUGCUCCACAGGAGAAAUGUUGGUAUUGGUUCUCUUGUAACAUAACUGAUGGUCUGAUUCAUGAUAAGUGUCUCUCUGUGAAGACCAGGCAUUUACAUACUGUGUGUAAUUCCCACAAUUUUUUCCUUUGCCCUGAUCUCUUCCUUCUGCUCCCCUGUGACCUCAAGAUGAGUUUUAACUUUUUAAACAUCUUAGAGUCUUGAUCUUUUCAGGGUUAGUUGCUUUUUAGAUUGGGGGAUUUUGUUAUAAUGAUGAUGAAUUUUGGUUUCUUGCUUUGGUUCUUAGAACAUGUUGAUGACCAGCUAGCUUUUGUUUUGAGAUGUUGGGAUGGAAAAGAUGUUCCCAUCUUUUUAAAAAGCCAAUAGCAACUGCCUACCUGUUGGGGCUUUCCCAACCUCAUUCAGCUCUACCCAGUAGAAUACAGGGUUCCUGGUGUGGUCUUCUGGGCCACCCUCUGUUGUUCAUCCCCACUCAUCCUCCCAGAAUAGCUCCAUCCUUUGGAGGACUUGAAAUUUUACACUCAAAUUUGUCAAGGCACUCUUAGCUCCAGGACUUUUGGCCUUGUUUCUUAUCAAUCCUUGAUUCUACUUCUGCAAGGUGGUGUAGUCGGUCAUACAAUGACAAGAAUAUUAACUGUGGAGAUUUUUAGCUAUUAGUACAUGAGGAUGAUGGGGUAGGAUAUAAUUGUCUUUAUUAUCACAUAUGGUAUAUAUGUAUUAUUUCCUUCCAUCCCUCACAUUUGGACUAUAUAUUUAUGUAGGUGUGAGUGACUGCCUGGUGCUUGCUUGUGCCAAGGUGCUAGGCACCCUCCAGCCCUGCCAACUUUUGUGGCCUCCCAAAGCAUUCCUGUUACCAAAGAGGCUUCAGACCUGACUCUCACUUCUCCGUGGACCCAAGUGUCCCCUCCAUGCCAUUAUUUUCAGUGGGGAAUUCUUGGAGGGGAGCCAUCGGCCACAACAUCAAAUUUUAAAUAUUCAUAGUGUUUAUAGUCCUAAAUUUCCUGCUUUGUUGACUCCUGGAUUUGCCACCAAGAGUCCCCAAAGUAUUAUAAUACUCUUCCCUUUUUCCACCCUCAAACUCUUUGUUGUAUCUUAUUUUUAAAAAUGCAUUUCUGUGGAAGACUAUCACCUUAGAGUGACAGGCCCUGGCAUUAGCAUGCUGGCACAACCUUCUGUCCCUACUCAGCAAAAGAUUUCACUUUUGGCUUCCUCCUGCUUUGCCAUUAUAUUGAGAGAUUAUUACCAUAUCCUUCUGCCUUUGUGCCCCAAGAAAUGCCCUAAUUCUCUUUAACCAUUUUCUUUCAGUUGAGGGGCGGGGGGGGGGGGAGGGUGGCUAGAGAAACAAGACUAAAAGUAAGGAAAUAGCAGGGUUAUGAGCAUCUGUGUCCCAGUCCAAAGCUGAGGAAUUAAGAAUAAAUGCUUGAAAUAGCCUUAACUCUAGAGUUCACCAGCCAUUGAGGUUGUUUUUGUUGUUGCUUUUGAUUUUUAAAACAUGUAGCUGUCUGGCCAGGAGCAUUCAGCCAUUUCUAGAUGAUUCAGAGUAAUCGGGGGAAUGGAUAGAUUGCUCCAGUCCACAGAUGAGCUGAAUAAUAUGCAAAUCAUAUACCCAUUCAUAGCAUUUGUUACCAUUGCUUUCCUGCUCAGCUGCUGAUUGAAUUCUGUGUGCUUGUAUAAAUUAUGUCAAAAAUUAUACUGCACAGUUGAGAAGACAGCUGUUGCUGCAGUGACAUGACAGACUGGAACAAUGAAGCUUUUGGUUUAAGUCAUCCAGGAAAAUCCUUCUGAAUGGUAAUGUGAUUGGGUGAGAACUCCUAACCCAUAGCUCAAGUGGGUAGGAGUUUUUAUCUCCAUCUUUCUUUACUCUGAAAGAAUUCAAGGUCUAGAUCAAGUGCUAGAUAAUUGCUUAGUACUUAAUCUGAUGGGCAUCUAAAAGAAAGAAAGGAUGGUCAGGAAACAAAUUUGUCCUACAAAGAGCCAAGAAUAUCAAUUAGGGUAGACAAGAAUAAGACAAAAGUAGGCCAGAGCCCCUCAGGAGGUGAUCUGGGUCUGUUGAUUUGCAGGUGGAGAAAAUCACCUCUUAUCCACGUAGCCAGUGUGCCUCCCAGGAGCAGUGGGCCUGUAAACUACAGUGACGGUAUUUUUAAGACCAAGACCUAGCAUUGGACAAAGAACACCAUGGAAUUAUUUUGUGCUGAGAUUGGUCCUGAGAAACCUGGGGCAUGUGGUUGCUGUGGUUAUAGGUAAUAUUUAAGGUACUCAUCAAAACCUGGUUUUCUUUUAACAACGGAAGUAUCAUCUACAACUCAUCAGCCCUUUAAAACCUUACUCUUCACUCCAUGUUUUCUGUUCACAGUUUAUUGAAUCAUGGUCUUGUACUGAGUGCUGCCAGCACGAUUUUUGUUGUUUUCCCUGACUACCCACAGCUGCUUCGGUAGGAAUGUAGGGAGCCAGGGGCCAGUAUUGAUUUCAGCCCUCAACAGAAAGGAAACCAGAUGCCCGCCUGUGCCCCCGGCAUUUGUUAGUGCUGAGUAGCUGUGCUGGCCCUUGCAGAAUUGCAGUCUCAAAGGAAACCUGUUUUCAUGGGGCUUUCUCCUCAGAAGAGUUAGUAGCCAUGGGCUAAGCACUCCUAAACAUCUAGGUCUCAGGUACUCGAAAUAUGUUUUUCCUGUGUUUAGUCUUCUUUCAAAACCUCUUUCUGAUGCUGAAUUUCUUCUUGUAAUCAACAUUCAAGGACCUUCCUUUCCACAGAAAGUAGCAGAGUCUUGCCCAGCAGAGUUUACCAAGGUCAGGGUAGCUGCUUUUCUGAGCUCUGGGCCAAUGCCCUCAUGUUAGGAUUAGCUGUUAGGAACAUCGGUCCUGAUGGAAGCACCCAUUUUUAACCUGGAGAGGGCCGUAUCAUUUUCCCUCUGCAGUCCAGUUUUCAUCUGCUCAAGGGAGCAUUUGAGCCGGUGGUGUUCCUUGAUGCUCACAAGUCUAGGUGGUCCUUGGCUGUCUUACAGCCAUAUGUGUGAACUGCUUUUGAUUGGUGAUGAAAGAUUAGUCCUGUUUCCAUAGCUUGGGCAGUUAGGUUAUUCUUAACUCUCUUCAUUUCUGUUCUGUAGCUGGCCUCCUGGAGGCCAUUUUCCAUCUGUUCAGGUCAGAUCCUAGGGCCUUUGGGAAGGUGCUUGGGAUUUUCAUCUUGUGAUUCUGUUGGGUUGGCAUUUAGUCCAGCUCACCUAAACGGUCAGGGGUCAGAGGGAUCUAUCUUGUGUCUGGGCUGGGGAGCAGUUUUUGCCCUUACGGUUUGAAUAUGAGGGCCUAAAAUACUACUUCGCAAUGCCAUGAGAACCCCAGGAAGGGUUAUGUCAUCAGAUUUGAAAUGUGGAAUUUGUUUCUCACAAAUGAGGUCAAAGGAAAAGCUCAUUUUGCACCAUGAUUCCAUCCUUUUGGUUUAGAUUCUUAGAGUAAAAAUCACACUGUUGCGAUCUGUACCUUUGUAAUCGAACCGCCAGGUAAGCAUACCUGUGGCAGGGUGGAGAGAGGAAUGGUCUGGAUCCAGUGUAUUCCAGUUUGAUGCUGGCUUUACCGCUAAUCGUAACAGUUACGUUUUCAAAAACAGAUUACCAGCGUUGCAUCCAGGAGUAUAUGCUCAGAAAUCAGUGUCCCCACCCAAUUAAUAAUAGUGGAUUUGUAUUGAACUGUCCAUAUUCCAGCCACCUGAGUGUACGUCAACAUUCUUUUUAUUCAACAAGCAUUUUUUGGCCUUGGGGGGGUACAGAGUUCAAGAAGACGCAGUCUCUGGCCUUAACCUUGAUGCUGAUGUGGGAUGAACUGAUUGUGAAUAGUUCAGUGUAAUAAAUACCAUAAAUGGGGACACAUUUCUGACUUGGGGGCAGUAGGAGGGUGACAGUUGAUUCAUAUGUGGAAAAGACCUGUGACCUUGGAUGAACUGAGCUAACUGGCCAUAGAUGGACUACAACAAGGACUUGCUUUAUUUCAGAAGAUAAGGAUAACUGAAGGUUGGUUAGAAAUGCUGUCGCUGAGAGAGAAAACAGGUGAGUGGGGAUUGAGAACCCCUCAUUUUGAUCCCUGUUUUAGGCUCUUUGCCAAAGUAUUUCUUAAGAUCUAGUGAAUCCUUGUUUGUGGAAAGCGUAUUAUCUGUGUUGCAUAUCCAGUUCAGUGUUGGUGACAUUAUUGUGGGUUCUGUAACACUUAUUGCCAUCAGAGUUGCUGACACCUUUUUCAUUUUCUCAUCCCUUUUGGAAGAAUUAACGUGAGGUUGGCUUUAACUCUGAAACAAGGACAUACUUUUCAGUGACAAGAGAUUAGCCACAGAGAAGGCUUGGGGCACAUCUAACAUGUGAGCCAUGUAUUCUGUGCAGUGUAGUUUUAUUUAACACUACAGGGUGGUGAUUUCUGUCCUGGAAAUGCACAUACCCUGAAGUUUCGGAUAUAAUUAAUCUAGGGAAGUCGAGGGUGAGGCCUAGCCCUGUUAAGAACCAGUUUAACCAUAAGAAAAUUCUCCGUUCUGAACCGUAUAACCACAAGAAAAAGAUACUUUUCGCUGCCUGGGUAACUGAGAAUUGACUAACUUUGGUAGAAUUCCCAGGAAUGAAGAGUAACUGUUCUGGAAAAUUACAGUGUGCAGGUUCUUUGGAUAGCUUCAUAAAGACAAUUCUAAUUUCUUUGUGCUUGUGCUGGAUUUCUUGAAUUGUAAACUACCUCAUCUUGUCUUUUUAGAGUGACUUCAACUUGUCAUUGCCACUCUAUAACAUCAUGCUUGACUUUGGUGGUUUUCUAACAUGGAGUUUUUUCUAUGCCUUGACAGCACAUUCUCUUGCCUUUUCAUCCGGAUCCUCAUUUCAUCAUCUCGUAUUGUUCUUCUGUCAGAGAAAUGUUUUAAAAUAGCUUAAAAUCUUGGUUUAUGGGAAGUGAUCCUCCACUGCUAUUUGUCUCUGGGAUCAGUAAGAAAGAGUUAAAACACGGCGGUGGGGGGAGGGGAUAGAACCUGCACUGGAGGCAGCUGAGGAGGGAAGAGCCAUUAAUUAAGACAAUUUCAAAGUCAACUGAUUGUGAUCAUUAAUGUCACAAUAGAUCAAAACCUAAUUAUCACAGCCUAGGUAAGAGCCAUCAGUAUUAAUCGGAAAAUCUAAUAGGAAACUAUUAUCAAGAAAUUAGGCUAAAUUGAAUGCAAUGAACUUUUUAUCUUACCAGUCUGUUUGUGUGUGAGUGAGAGAGAGCGAGCGUGCGUGCGCGCUAGAGCUGUCUGUGUCCCCUGGCAUUGACAAGUAUGACCUCACAGUUGAUCUAGGCGCCAGUGGCCAGUUCAUCACACUUUUUGAGGAAUUCCAAACAGACUGAACCUGAACUGUCAUUGUCAUUUUCAUCAGUCUUGAAUAUUACCAUCACCUGGGCUUGUCCAGUGUUGGUCAGGAGUAAAAAAAGGUGUAUAUUUAGAUCUUGGGAUGGUCAGUCCUUCCUGGCAUUAGAGUAACCCUGGUGGACAUUAUACCAUGUGUGUUGGCAAAUCAUUCUUUGAGCUUCUGAGGUAUGUUAAGAGUCCAGCUACUCUGGCUACUGUGAGUGGGGGCACAGAGGAAAAGAGGGGCUUCCUGCCUGGAGAUUCUUUAAGGAGACCCGAGAAGAUAGAGUUUAAUUGUGUCACAGCACUUUUAAGGCUCAAGUCCGUGUUUUGCAGUUUCCAGUAGCUUUAGGAUUUGAUUCAAAGCUAGGACUGACUGUGUAUUUAGUUUUUUUCCCCCUAGUUUUAGGACAAGGGUCAUAAUCAUUACUACCAGAGUCCAGCCGUAGUCCAAAGGAGGGGGGAAAGUGCUUUUCCUUUUAGCUUUCUUUUGUCAAAAAGUUAGGCCCCUGUCAGGAUUUUAAAGAAUAUUACGAGAGUCUUACAAGUAGUUCUAGAGAACACUUCAUCCCUUCUCCCUGAAUGGAAAACUAGGGGUCACCAUUCAUAUCCUUAAUUUUGAGAGCCAUUCAUGAAGAUACUGCAACUCCUGAGGUUGGGCUGGGACAGAAAGUUGGAAAGAUGCCUUGUGGCCAUUGAGGGGAAGGACAGUGGCAGCAGAAGGAUCCCUGCCCCCUGCCUCAUCCCAUAGGGACUGCUGCUGCCACCGGCACUAUUGUUGCUAAUCUUGCCCCCCACCCCCUCCCCUCCCAACCUUGCAAUUCCACGCACGAUCAAGAUCACCGCUGGGGACAAGGUUCUCGUUUAAAUGAGGUUUUGUUCUUGAAUUUCAGGAUUUAGGAGUAGGGGUUCUCACACAGAACUCUGGGAAGUCAGCGUGACUUAGUCCUUCACCUCUUAACGAUAAAGUGAAUAUUUCUUUAUGAAUUCAUGCCCUUAAUGCUUGAAAUGGAAUUUUAUUUGCAGAAUAUCCAUUAACACGUGAUUUUCAGAAGCAGUUUGUGUCUCUAAGCUUCCUUGUGUUAUGCCAGAUAAAGAAUAGGCCCUCUGUUAAUACUUGUGGGUUGAUGGAGAUCAUCUAGUUUGCAGUGUAAGGUAUACCUGCUGACUUCCUUUGCUUGCAAGUGCGCCCUAAGAAGUAAAAUGCCCUGGGGAGUGGAACAAGAAUUGAGUGGAUGCUGACUACGUGUGCCAACCUCCUCAACUGAUUCAUAAUGGCUGACCUUGGGCAAGUCACUCCUUCCAAUGCCUCAGUUCCCCAUCUGUCAAAUGGGGUUAAUGAUACUGACCUACCUCACAGGGGUGUUGUGAGGCAUUGUAAAUCAAAGUUGGUAGAGUACCGUAGGGUCCUCGCUGGAGGAUGCCUUGAGCCGAAGUCUAAAGUCUAGGCCUGACACGGGCUUUAGUCCUCACUGAGCUGUCCCAAGGUUGGAACUGCCAGUGACCUCGGCAAGUUCUCUGCCCCCCACCCCCACCCCUCAUCAAAGCUGCUAGUUCAGAUGUUGACAGUGUUUUUGUGAAUGUUGGAGUCUUAAUAGUCCAGACUUAGGAUGUCAUGGGGGAAGGCACUUAGUAUUUUCUAUGUCUUGCAUCCACGAAGAGAGGCUGUUCCAUACCCAAGAGUAUUGGAUUAGGGAACCAUGAGGCAGGGAUGCUAUUGCUUGUUUCUGCAGGUUGGGUGUUAAGGUCCUGUUCCCCAUGGGAUUGGAGCAGACUCCAGCUGUCUCAGGAGCAAAAUGAACACAGUGGGCUGAAUUUAUAGCAUUGAUUUUAUUGCCCCCUGAAUGGAAUCACUGCACCCUCGCCUCUCCAUAGGAACCAGCUGGUUCAAUAAACAUAACCACUUUGUCCAUCCCCUACCAAAAGAGCCACUGUGGGAAAGUUUUUGUCUAGAGAUACAUUUAACACUCAGAAUGAGGCAGUGAUACUCCUUAAAGCUUCAUCCAACUUACUGUACUCAUUUGUCCUCUUUUUCUCAGUGUCCACAGUCUGAAUCUGACCUUGACCUCUUUUUCCUCCGGUUUGGGAAAACUUUGGACACUAUUUCUACUUGCCCAGAUGUGGGCUCAGCCAGCUCUUCCCCACAGGGCUCUUUCUCCUUUCCCCUCUCCUUGGCCCUAGAUGUGUAACCCAUGGAAAAGCACAAGGUCCUGGCCCCUUGCUGCAGUCACAUUCCGGUUCUCCGCGCUCUGUGGACUUUGUUCACUCAGCGCUGGCGGCACCAGGUGGUUCUGUGGAGUUCUGGAGGGUGGAGAGCGCACAGUCUGACCUCCUGCCUCCUGCCAAGUAGCCAGGAGUUGACUCACCCGUGGCCCAGCAGCCCUUGCCCUUUCUCACAGGAUGGGAUCCGAGAGACUCAAGAGGCUGGGCUUCUUUCCGCACUCUGUCCCAUCCUGAGUCACAAAACACAUCACACUUGGUAGCCAGAUUUCUAAGUGGAAAAAUGGGAAGUUGAAUUCUCUAUGGAUCUUUUUGGUUUGUGGGGGAGUUUUGGUUGUGUUUCUUGGUUUUAGUUCAGCCAAACAUGUCUGCUUUUCAUUUUUUUUUAUUUUUUUAGGAUAAGUGAUAUAUAUAUAUGUUCGCCUUUUAAAUGUAAAUGUUUAAAAGUAGGCAAUUUAUGUGUUUCCACAACUGACAUUGAUGCAGACCUCAUUCUUUCCCCCUCUUCCACCCUCUUUUCCCUCUUUUCAUACUCUUGUAUUGGUUCUAAUAAAUGGUUGCUUUUCAAAUAUG